AUGACAUCAAUAGACACAACCGAAUUCGUAGAAGUCGAGACGGGGACUCUCAAGUUUGAGAACGAAACACAGCAGGCGAAAUUUGAAUUGGGGACAUGCAUGGCUGUGUAUAAAUGGGAAGAACUAGCCACAGCAGUGGAAAAUUCGUGGGGUGGAGCCAACUCUGCUGAGAAGAGAGACUGGAUAUGUGGAGUAAUCAUCGAUCUAUUCGCCGAGUCCAAAGCAGUCGACGUUCAACUAAUAGAAGAAACGCUAUUGUAUGCGAUGUUGGACGAGUUCGACACAGAGGUGGAUAACGAUUCAGGAUUGGAGAUUGCUGCACUCGUGAUGAAAUUUUACAAACAGGUGCUGGAGCAGAAAUAUGAUGAAAUCGCGCAGCUUUACGCGAAAUGGCUCGAGAAGAAAGAACGAGGCGUACAGAACCACCAUGUACACGUACAAGAAGAUCCAAAUAAUCCCGAUGUUUCGGAUAAUGAAGGAGAAGAGGAAGUGGAAAAUGAAGCGGAAGCGGAAGACAUGGCGAUUGAUAUUGACGAACCCGAAUUGGUGGAACACCAGUCUGCAGAGCUAGGGCCAAUAGUGGAUGACGAUGGCUUUGAAUUGGUACAAAAGGGUGGAAGAAGAAGUAAAAGCAGAAGGUGA